AUGAGUUCCAGGUUAGAAGGACACGAUCAUCGUGUAUCCUACUUUUACAAUGGUGAUCGUUUGGAUUGCGAUGCUUGCGAUCGAUUGCACGAUGGUCGCUACUCAUGCGGCGAAUGCAAGUUUAAUAUCCACUCCAAAUGUGCGUUUGUGUUGAAGACAAAAGAGAUACGUGACCACCCUUCUCAUGAUGGACACUCUCUCAAGCUUCUCACCACGGGGGUUCCUGAUCACACUGACCCAAAAUGCCAUCUAUGCGGUAAAAACACCAAGCGUCUUCUUUAUCAUUGCUUUGAUUGCAAACUCAGUUUGGACAUUGGUUGCAUAGUUGAUCACAUAAAUUCUCCAUUCCAUUUUUAUAUGCCGUGGCACCACCAUCCUCUACAAUUAUGUUAUUUUAGAUCAUUACGUAUAUGCUACUUUUGUAACGAAUCUGGCGGACAAGGCUAUCUCUGCCUUCGAUGCGGGUUGGUGAUUCAUGAGCAAUGUGUCUCCGUAUUUGACUUACCAGAGAUCACUCACCCUUCUCAUGUCAGACACCCUCUUAAGCUUCUCACCAAUGGAGCUCCAAGUUACACAAAGUCAACAUGUCAUAUAUGUGGUGAAGACAUUGGGAAUUUACUUUAUCAUUGUGAUAAUUGUAAGUUCAGCUUGGAUAUGGGUUGUGCGAUUAGAAAACCCCUACCAGUUGCUCUUCCAAAUUUGAAGGUCCAUGAGCAUACACUCACACUCAUGCCAAAAUUUAUCUCCUUUGUUUGUGAUGCUUGUGGGACGGAUGGUGAAGACGUUCCUUACGUCUGUGUUCAAUGUGAUUUCAUGAUCUUCCAUCAAUACUGUACUCGUUUGCCACGUGUCAUUCAUGUUAAUCACCAUGACCACCGAGUUUCCUUCAAAAAUCCUCUUGGUCCUGGAAAAUGGAGAUGUGGAGUUUGCUGGGAAGAGAUUGAUUGGUCAUACGGAGCUUACUCUUGUUCUAUUUGUCCUAAUUAUGCUAUUCAUUCGCUAUGUGCAACAAGGAAUGAUGUGUGGGAUGGGGAAGACCUUGAUGAAGUACCUGAAGAAGUUGAAGAUAUUGAGCCAUUCAAGAGGAAUGAUGAUAACACAAUCACACAUUUCACUCAUGAACAUAACCUCAUGAGCCUCAGCAAAGACAGUGAAGAAAGCAGCUUCUGUGUAGCAUGUGUUCAUCCCAUCGGUUCUUACACGUUCUACAAGUGUUCAGAGUCAGAUUGCAGUUUCAUUCUCCAUGAAACGUGUGCUAAUCUUUCUAAAAAGAAGCGACAUUUUCUGAGCCCAAAACCUCUCCAUCUUGGUCUACUCAGUAACAAUAGUGAUUACCAAAGAAAUUGUAGCGCUUGUCUUCUAGUUUGCUGUGGGGGAAUCGUUUAUGAUGGGAUGUUUGACUUACUAUGCAGUUCCAUUUCAGUGCCUUUUAUCCAUGGAAGUCAUCCUCAUCCUUUAUUCUACCUUAAACUAGUAGGCGGUCACUUUAAAACUUGCCAGGGCUGUGGCAUCAAGAAUAAUAAAGUCGUCCUAUGUUGUGUCAAAUGCAAUUUUUUUUUGGAUUUUCGUUGCGCCACUCUGCCAUUAACAGUAAGUCUAGCCAGGUAUGAUGAUCAUUCACUCACUCUUUGUUACGGUGAAAAGGCAAGUGACAAGUAUUGGUGUGAUAUUUGCGAAAGAGUAACAAAUUCAGAGACUUGGUACUAUACUUGCAAAGAUUGUGGUGUCACUUUACAUAUAUUAUGUGUACUUGGGGAUAUCAGGUAUGCGAAACCAGGAGGAAAGAUUUGUAAGGGGGUUGAACUGCUACCUAACAAUAGAUCUACACGACCAAUUUGCAAUAGCUGUCAUUUUCGUUGCCAAGGUACCUUCAUUGUUACAGUUUUUGACAAAGUCAAAGAUUCUGGCAAGGUCGAGUUCUACUGUUCUUCUUCUUGUUUCGAAACUCGCCCGCUCCCGCUUAUUUAUCUGCCAGAGUAUGAUACCAUAUGUCCUCUUGGUUCUGUUGUUUAAUUUUUCUUUUCUUUUAUAAGUUUGAACUGAUCGUUGUUGUAAAUACUCAAAAAAAUAUUAGUCUACCUGUAAUUUACAGUACAAUAAUCUACAUAUGAAUCAUACGAUCAUGAGCAUCUCUCCAUG